UCCAGCAGAACAGCAUGGUGUGGGGUAUAAAAGGCAGGCACAUCACCUGUGGCAAGGUAAGAAGACACACCUUUACAUUGUGAUGGCCUCUGCUCUGCGGGUGUUGCUGCUCCUCUGUGGACUGUUGGCUGGAGCUGCGUCUGACGGCAGUCCAAAAGUCAAUUGCUGUCCCGACGGCUGGACUCGAUUGAACGAUGGCUGUUACGUCGUCCAAACUGAAGCCAGGAGCUUUGUCGACGCAGAGAAAUUCUGCAACGAGGCUCUGGGGAACCUGGCCUCAGUCACCAACACUCUGGAAAAUAUUCUGGUGGAUCAACUGGUCCAGGCGGCCGGUGAAGAUGGAGCCUUCAUUGGAUUCCAUGACACCUUGGAGGACGGAGAGUUUCUAUGGACUGACGGCAGCAAGUUCCGCUUUGACAACUUUGAACCCGGAGUGACCCUCCUGGAGGACGGCUGCGGCGUCCUCAGCGCUGACGGUGGCGUCUGGUCGCUGGUGGACUGCAACACCCAGGAAGCUUUUGUCUGCCGCACACCCGUCUGCUGCCUCUAAGACUCUCAGCAAACUUGCAAUCACUCGGCCUUUCCCUCGCUGCCUGAGCUGCUUCCAUACUUUUACAUGCUUGUCACUAACAAUCAAUGCAUUAUUGGACUUAUUUCAACUGAGACUCUUGUAAUACACAAAACCUGUUUUUAGGAUUGCAAUCAAAGAAGAAUGCUGUCCUUCAAUAAAAUGUUGAACACA